AUGGUCAAAGCAAUAUUUGUGUUUUCACAAACACACACGGAUUUUCGAAUAGCGGAAUUCGAAGCGGUUUGCGAAAUUUUCACAAUAAAUGUCGAUUUGAGUCCGUUAAAUGCGGAGAAUCAUAUUUGUGUUCUUGAAUUUUCCACAAUUGACGAUGUUCAUAAAAUAUUGUCAAGAUGCGUUCUAGUUAAGUUUGCUGUUGAGUAUUUCGCAGAAGGUCAGAGUUAUGAGCAGUUAUAUCAAGAAAUUGAGGAUAAAAAAUUGCUGAAGAAUUUCGACAACGUCGAUGACUCAUUUGCAAUAAGAGUAUUCGCAAUUGGAAGAAAGAAAAGGCUUGAUUUAGUCGAAAAAGUAAAGACAUUUCUGGACAACGUGACGUUCACACAAUCUCCAGUGAAUUUGCGUACACCGAAAAAUGAAUUCUAUUUAGUUGAAGAGUACGAAAAACCAAUCGACAAUGAUCCAAGUCAAGUGUAUUUCGGGAAAUUUAUAGGAGACGGCCAAUAUCUUCUCAAGACCCGCUAUAAUCUCAAAGAUCGUUGCUACAUCGGAAAUACCACCAUGGAUCCAGAGUUGGCGUUUCUACAAGCAAAUAUCUCACGGGUUUCACCUGGCGAAAUUGUCUUGGACCCUUUUGUGGGAACUGGCGGACUAAUACUGUCCGCAGCUGAAUUUGGAGGCCUUGUCGUUGGAAUGGAAAUCAACUAUCAAACCGCAAACGCAAUCGGGAAAUCGUCUAGAAAAGGAGUUGGAACUCGCGGCGAUGAUGAGAGCAUUCAAGCAAAUUUUGAGCAGCAAGGAACACAGGACCGCCUCCUUUCGAUUAUAAUUGGAGACUCGAGCAAACAUGAAAUUUGGAGUCGGAAUUCUCGAUUUGACGUGAUUGUUGCUGAUCCUCCUUAUGGGGUGCGAGAAAAAGGGAGAAAAGUCGGGAAGAAUUUGAAAUCCCAUCGAGAAAAUGCACAGGUUGUUCGCUUCCCCCAAAAACAGGAAUAUGAUUUGGAGAAGGUUUAUUGCGAUUUGCUGAAUCUCGCAGCGAAAAUUUGCGCAAUUGGUGGACGUGUCUCGUUUUGGUAUCCGGUUAUACUUGAAAUCUAUUCUGAUGAGAAUCUUCCCAAGCAUCCUGCAAUGAAAUUAAUUGCAAAUUGUGAGCAAACUUUGACUAGGAAUACUAGCCGUCGACUGCUCACUUAUAAGAAAUUGAGAAAUCCCGAGGAAUACGAAAUUGCUGAAAUUUUGAAAACUGGAGUCAGCAAGUAUCGAAGCACAUUAUUCAAAUCCAAAAAUUAA